UGCUGUGGCAGAUUGAAAGAGGCGGAGCUCCAGCUGGCAGUGGCAGCAGAUGCCCGGCAGGGCCUGCAGGCUCGAGUGGCCCACACCGAGGAGCAGAACAGGACUUUGAGGGAGGACUAUGAUGUCCUGCUACAGAAACGGCAAGAAAUGGAACAGAGCCUCAGGGAUGAGGAAAUUAAACAUUUCCACCUGCUGGAGGACAUGAUUUGCCUGAAGCAGCAGGCCGCCGCCCACCUCAACAGUCGCAACGACAGGAAGUCCAGAGCACGUGAAGUUUACCUGCAGACUGCUGCAAGGUCAAAGGUCACUGUGGAGAGUUCACUAAGUGCUCCGUCCUCCAGAUCUGCAUCUCCAAAGAACAGCAACUCGACAGACACUCGCCACAGAAGCCUCUUCAGGUCAGCAUCAGUAUCAUCACCGAGGAUCUUCACAUCCAUCCAAGAAAUGUUUGAGAGUAAGAGGCGGGUUCAAUCAGUCAGCAGUGUGGAUGACUACCUGUACCGCCCUGCACGCAUCGGUGGGGGUGCCCGAGUCCCUGCCAGAGCCCUCAGUGUUGUGGAGGCCCAUGAGCAAGGCAUCAAUGCGGUGAAGUUCAGUUACAGUUCCGACCUGCUGGCCACCGGAGGGACGGACCGUGUGGUUAAACUCUGGGACGUGAAAGCAGGCUCAUUUUCGUAUAGAGGAACACUAGAGGGCAGCACUGAGGGCAUCACCAGCGUGGAGUUUGACAGCACGGGCACCAGGAUUCUCGCUGCAUCUUACAACAAGUCAGCCUUGUUGUGGCAGUUGGACAACUCUGUUCCCAAGCUGACUCUAACAGGUCACAGUAAGAAGGUGACAGCGGCCAAGUUCAGUGUUCGUCAGGUGGUGACCGGCAGCGCCGACAGAACCAUCCGACUGUGGGACCUACGGAGAGCCGCCUGGUGUCCAGCUGCAUACAGGAACUACCUGCUCAGGGAAAAGUGACAUCACUGGACAUCACUUCUGACCAACGCCAGCUCCUGUGCUGUUGCCGUGGUGACAGCCUGCAGGUAGUGGACCUGAGGUGGCCCGGUACCAGGAUCUGCUUCAGAGCCGAUGGAUUUAAAUGUGCCAAUGACAGCACCAAAGCCGUGUUCAGCCCAGAUGGUUGCUUUUUGGCAGCAGGAUCAGCAGAUGGCGCUGUCUACAUCUGGAACGUUUCCUCCAACAGCCUGGAGACCCAACUCCCAGACAAACACAGGUCGGCCGUCAGCGCGGUGGAUUGGUCUUUGUCUGGGGACUACGUGGUCAGUGUGGACAAGAGCAGGUGGGCUGUCCUCUGGUGCGACAUCUGAACCUGUCCACUUGAUGAA